CAAACAACCGCUGGUUACAAAUAUCUUAUUAAAUAAAAAAAGCUGUUUAAAGUAUCGGUUUACUGUUUACUGUGCACCAGAGUUGGCAUUGAGCGAUGAACGAUGACCGGUUUGAAUAUUUACAAACUCUGGUCACUGAAUUUCAGGACACCGACUGUGACGAGGCGAAGGAGCAGGUUCUGGCUAACUUAGCUAAUUUUGCAUACGACCCGAAGAACAUGGAGUAUCUGCGGGAGCUGCAGGUGACCGACCUCUUCUUGGACAUGUUGACUGAGGAGAACGAGAACUUUGUGGAGUUUGGGAUGGGUGGGCUGUGUAACCUGAGCAUGGACCCUGAAUGUCGAGACAUCAUCCUGCAGAGCAGUGGGAUCAGCUUAGUCACCAACUGUCUGUCCAAGCAGAGGGAGGAGACGGUGCUGUCAGCCAUCACCACCCUGAUAAACCUCACAACACCCACGUCACGGUCUCAGACCACUCAACCAGGCAUCCUGCAGUGCAUGCUGCGCUUCUCCCUGGCAGAGAGCACGCGCCUGCGCAACCUGGCUGCCGUGUUCCUGCAGGACUGCUGCAGCCCAGAGCAGGUGAGGGCGGCUGAGCAGCAGAUGCAGGGACAGCAGAUGGCGGUCGGGAUCCCUUUACCCAAGGACUGAAGACCGCUUUACUCUGUAGGAAAAAGAACAAGGAGCAUUCUUCUGCUGCUGGAAAUUCAUGCUCUUUCAAGCCCGUCUACCCCGAUGUUGCACCUUCUUGCAGGGAUUUGCUCUUCUUCAGGCACAUCUCACGAGGUCCUGCAUCAUGCUGUGGGAGGUGGGACUUGGAUGUUGGUGAAUGUGGACGACUGUCCUGGCCUCUCACUUUGUUCCACGUCAGAUUUGAAAAGCCUUGGAGCUGCUUUCUGUGUGCAGGAGUGAAAUGAGGCAAAAAAACGUUUGCUAAAGUCGUGCUUUUAUUAUCCAAAAAACACUUGCAGGUUAGAGAAUUAACACAACACCAAGGAGUUUGUUUCCUCAGUUUCAAUUCUCAUACAGUAUAAAGAAAUAAUUGAUUAUUUUCUGGAAGUGUCCUUUAGCUCACCGACUCUACUGUCAACAAAAAGAUCACAAAUAUCUUUGGAGUCCUGUUCCAGUUGUCUCUUUUUGACUUAAUUUUGCUUGACGGGAUCAUUUCACACAUCAGCACAGAUGAAAGCAGCUCUCCGGAGCUACAGUGGAGCUCACAGCAGAGGCAAGGCAGAGACUCCAGAGAGCAACGCUGGAAACGGAAAAAGAGCAAGUAAGCAGGAAAUAGGCUGGACAAUAGUAAAUCUUUUGUCCACACUCCAUAAAAUCCUGCAGUGAAUCUUCAGGAGUUUAUUUUCACAGACAUUUAUUACAAUUUGCGAGCCAGACUGUAAGAGCGUUGUGCACUUUAGCAUGUGGCUGUUCUUCCAGGUUCAAAUGAAGUUAAACGGUCACAAAAAUUAGAUGUUUAUUCCUGUCCUGAAUGCUUUUCCUCAACCGAGAAGGAAGAUGUCACUGUCAUCUUUAUAAAAGAGAGAAGAAAAGCUGAAUUUGUUUUCCAAACACUUAAACCACUGACGAGCAGCAGCAGUGAAGCAGACCAUAGAUGGCCGACAAACCAUCUUCAGGAAUGAAACUCUGAUGAGAUCCACAGGCGCCAGACUUCAGGCAGGAGUUUAAUCUCAGGAUCUCUGCUGUAAAUGUCUGUAAUUCCUGAAUAGUAAAGGGCAUACCUUAGAAAUUAAAGCUGAAAGUGUACACUUUAAUCACAUCUCGAUUGUUUUCUUUCAAAUCCAUUGUGGUAGUGUAUAAAGGGAACUCGUAAAAAGUGUAUCAGUGUCCAAAAAUGUCUGGCCCUGACUGUAUAUUCCACAAAAAUGUGAUUUCCUAAAAUUCAGGGAAGGUGUUGGGGCAUGUCAGAGCCAAACCUUCCACUUGGCUCUGUCAGAAAGAUUACUAUGUCUUGAAACACUUAAUCCAAACCCAAAAUAUGUCAAAUAAUAAAUGCUAAAUAAAC